UGCUGCCCACCUUACGCAAUUCUGCGGGACCCAUUCUGCAAAUUUCACCCAAUUUUGCUAAUCUUUCCUCUCUCUAUAUAAUUCCCGGCGAACUUCUUCACCUUCCUCCUUUCCUCAUUCAUGCUGUCUACUCAGUAAGGGAAGCUCCCCUCCAAAGGUGUAUCAAUUUUGCUUCACUGGAGAUAGGCAAUUGAGUAAACUGAUAUCGGUGAUCAUUAGAUCAUGAAUCCUAGGAGAGAUGUUCGCACCAAUAGAGCUGCUCUUUUUGAUGGCAUCGAAGAGGGUGGCAUCAGGGCCUCAUCUUCAUACUCCCAUGAAAUUGAUGAGCAAGAUAAUGAAAGAGCUAUGGAAGGAUUGCAAGAUCGAGUCAAUCUUCUGAAGAGAUUGUCAGGUGAUAUACAUGAGGAGGUGGAGACUCAUAAUCACAUGUUAGACAGAAUGGGCAAUGACAUGGAUUCAUCUCGAGGUGUCCUAUCAGGAACUAUGGAUCGAUUUAAGACGGUUUUUGAGACGAAAUCAAGCAGGAGAAUGUUUACACUUGUGGCGUCCUUUGUUGUUAUUUUCCUUGUAGUGUACUAUCUGACUAGGUAAUAAGUCUUAUGAGAUGGUGAUACAGUUGCUUGCAGUCAUGUUAGAACUGGAUCCUUUAAUGUGGUUUCCGUAAUCAAUGGUACUUCCCGUCUGCUAGAUAAUCGGGCAUGUUUAUAUAAAGAUGUCCAAAUAUGUCAAACAUGUUUUGAAUGUAUGGUAUGGAUAUAAAAAAAAAAAAAAUCUUUGCUCCUUUUUCACUUAAA